CUUUAGUUGUAAACCAAAAGUUAAGAUCAGUUCAAGUUGUGACUCGAUCGCGAACAGUUUGUUGAUCGUAAAACUGACGCAAAAGUAAAGCAAACGGCAAAAAUAAAAAUUAAAGAAAAAAAGUAUUAUUUGCAAAAAAAAGAAAAGAAAACGAAAAAAGUUUUUUUUAAUUUAAUUAAAAUUUUGUGUGCAAUUUUUUUUUUUUUGAAAUAAAGGAAAAGAGCUGCCUCUGACUGUGUGUUGUGAAAAAUAAAUGAUGAAAAUAUUUAACGAAAUUUCGAAAUUUUCUACAAGAACUUCUGUUUUAAAGUGAGGUUGUGUUUAUUUUAGCUCAGUUUCUAUAACGUUUAUCGUUUCUUUUUUUUGGCUACAGUUUGCGGGACUGAGAGAGUACGUGUCUGUGAGAGAGUGUUAUUUAUAUAUUAAUUUGUUUAAAAAAAUUGUUAAUUAAUUGAAAUAAAUUUGAAAAAGCAAAAAAAAAAAACAUAUUUGUUUUAAUACCAACAAAAUGUUUUAAUAUAUUUUUAAGAUUUUUUUUCUAAAAUAAAUAAAAUAAAGAAAAAUUAAAAAUUCAUUUCAAAAGUUAAAAAAAAAAACAAAGAUAAACAAAAUGGUUGCAACUAAAACUAAAAACAACUUUAAUGGUCUAAGUGGCAGCAGCAGUAAAUGCAUGUGCAACAUUAACAGCAAAACAAAUACCAAAAAUUUUAUUAAUUUAAACAGCAAUUAUGCCAAAAUUAAAAAACAUCAUAACACCCACAAAAACAGCAAUAACAACAGCAGCAAAAAGUUUAAUUUAAAAUUAAUAAUCGGUAUUUGGUGUCUACUGCACAGUGUCACUGUAAUACAGGGGGCUGCCGUUUAUACAAAUGUUGACUUUCGUUCAAAUCCCACAUUUGAACCGAUAUGCAAUCUUCAAGAGGAGCAUUUCAUCGAAAGCGAAGGCAAAGAAUCUAGUCUAAUAUUGGAAUUCAAUAAAGCCAUUGCGGCCACACAGCAUAAAUUAUGCACUCGAAUUCUAUCAUCCCCACCUAAUUAUGGUUUCAUUAUACGUUUAAUUUUACCAAAAAUACGACACAGUCAUCAUCAUUCCAGUACAAAGGUAGAGAAUAAAGAAAACGAUGCCACGGGCCGUCAAGGCGGUGCUCAAAACCCCAGUAAAAUGUCAACAUUUAUGGAUCAAUUAAAUGUAUCAACGGCGGGUGGUUUGAAGUCGGGCCGUAGUUGUCCGCUGAGUAUAGUAAGUAAUAUAUUAUAUAUGUAUAUUAAUAAAAGUGAAUGUGUGUCUGUAUAUACACAUAUUUAUUAUUUACAUAUUUACAUAAGAGUGCCCCGUCGUCCACCUCUCAAAUGACGAGAAUUAGUGUAC